UACCUUACCUCCGUGUAAACAAAGCGAUCGUCGCGAGCUCGUCCGUAGCUGUCAGUUACGAAUAUGGAGGCUAGCACGUGCCUGUGUUAUCUUAAUGGUCCAUCCUCCGUGACCAGAUUAGCAUAGGGAAUCUACCCGAAAUUACUCAGCUUUAAAACCACUGAAAGAAUCCCGGAUGAAAACAUGUGCUAUAUUAUAACCGACGUACACACUAUUACAACAGGUCUACACUUGUGGAAAUGGAGGGAUUAUCGAAACUUCGACAGUGCAGGUCGAUGAUGUUUUCGAUUUUAGCGAGAAAUGUUUAGUUUAAUUAAUGUGUAAAAUAUGACGUUUUCAUUUGUGACCGGUCGGAGGUAUUUGAGACGAAACAUGGAUUCCUGGCUCGCUGUAUUUGUCCUUAUGCAGCUGUUACCUGCUGGGAUUAAUGCCCAGUCAAGCGGCACGAACUUCACAGCGGUACCGACGUCAUCAGUGAUACACCCGACGCUAUCAUCGACACAUCCGACGCUAUCAACGAUAUACUUAACGCCUUCAGCGACACAUUCCGACGCCUUCGGCGAUAAAUCCGUCGCCUACAUCGAUACAUUCGUCGCCUACAGGGGUACAGCCUUCGACUUCCACACAAGCACUGCCAAGCAUAAAUUCGUCAACCUCAGUGACGUCUUCUUCGGCAAUGACGAAUGCCACCAGUGCCCUUGCUCCAGGCAGCACUAGUGAAGUGACGCCAUCGAUGACGUCGAGGAUGAUUCCAGAGAGUACACUCGUCCUCAGUGUCUUCAAUGACUCCGACUAUGUCUAAUCAGACUCCUUCACCUUCCUCAUCAUUGCCACUAGUUACUGAACCAACGAUAAGCACCACCUUUACAUCAUCACCGCCUGUUGGUAUAUCAACACGUAUGACCUCAGCUUCUAUUAAUGUGACUUCGACAUCAAAGCAUUUAAGUCCAUCCGAAACUUUACCAUCAGUCUUGCCAACCUCAAGUGAUCUUUCCUCAUCAAAUACUACCGCAAUGUUAUCCCAAACAAGUGCGCUUCUGAUGUCAUCAUCUGUGACCUCAUUGUUAAUUAAUGCAACAUCAACUACGUCACCGACAACUAUGACGUCAUUAUCCAAUCAGACUGUGUCUUCUGCUGUUACUAUACCGACCACUUCUGACGUCACAACUCCGACAACAGUUAGUGUCACGCCGACACCAGCGUUAAAUGUCACUUUGCAGCCUUCAAUAUCAACGACGCCAUCUACAGUGGAGAAUAUUACAUCAUCCAGUAUGACGUUAGACAACGUGACUUCAGUGAACGCGACCACAACUGUGUCUAUGAAUGUUAGCAGUAUAAUGCCGACCAAUGCCACAGAUACGAUGUCUACGUCAGUGGCUCCAGUGACGACAACCACUGCUCCUACCACCACAAAAACGACGACCACCGCCGCCACCACGGAACCUCCCUCAACCACCAAUUCAUUCAUGGUCACCUUCUGGACGGUUACGGACAUUAAAGUCCCUGUAGCGACAAAUGUGAGUGGGGACGACUUUGUGAACAGAAUGGAAACGGGACUGGCGAAGCUAUACGUCACAGCCUACUCAAGGAAACGUGACAUCGACGCUGGUUCCUUCGACAGUCGCAAGAGAAAGAGGAGAAGACGGGCGGUUACCGAGGGCGAUAUAACGAUAACGAUGCAAGACGUGAAACGUGACCAGACUGACCCAGAGUCGGUAUCCAUGAUCUACACUGUAGAGAAAGCAGAACAGCCUGUUCCAUCGGCAGCAAACGCCGAAACAAUAAACUUGGUCAGCGACCAGGAAAUGGCAAUCCAACUACAAUAUAUAGUGACAAAGAAGGCAAAGCCGUUGAACUGGGUCGAACCGGUAACGACGACGACGACAGUGGCAACGACUCCUGCUGCUACGGAAAACAAUACCCAGGUAUGGAUCAUCGCUGUCGUCGCUGGUGGAGUGGCUAUUCUCAUCGUCAUCGCAAUCGUUGGACUGUGUAUUGCUACGAAGAAGAAGAAAUCUGGUGUAGACGAGGAGGCUGAACCAAAAUUGAUGAACCUCAAGAACGCGCCAUUGGAUGACGACGAAGAGGAUAUAAGACGUAGUAAUUCAAAAUACUCCAGCAUGGCGGACAAUGGAAGUUCGUCCAAUUUGAAAGUUCAAUCGCCAAAGAAACAGUCGUACGACUUUAAUUCUGAUUCACGAAGUAAGGAGGAAGAUGAACAUAUCUAUGCUGAGGUCAAAAAACAAAAAAAGCCGGAUCUAGCCUCAAGGAUUGGUAAAUCUAAAGGAUCUUCUCAAGAUGGCUUAGAGUCCGAAAAUAUGGCAGAAGAUGUCGAGCUGAUUGAUUCUCCCAAAAAGAAGAAGGGCGAGAAAGGGAGGCGGAAGCAUAAACGGAGAGAUGGAGAUCUGGAGGAUGAAGACAGAGAAGUGGUUACAAAAACGAUACAUCCUGCCAGCCUGUUAGUUCCCCAAUCACAAACGCUCACAGAAAAUGCAUAUUACUCUGCCGAGGAGGAAGACGAACUGAAAAAACGGAAAGCUGCAGAAAGAAAGAAAAAUAAACAACGAAUUCGAGAAAAGAAAAAGAAAGAAAAACAUCACGACAAAAGUGCCGACCAGUUAAUGGUGGAGUAUCUGGCUGCCCAGGAGGAGAUUGACUCCGUACUGGAGGCCCCACCCAACAAUAAGGACCUACCAGAGGUGUUCGUCCACAAGAAAAAGAGAGGAUCCAAGAGUACUCUUGAAGGGCAUGAUAAUAUGGCGUUAACAGCUGAGGAAUCCUUGCACGUGGCUCGAAGUAGAAUGCAUGAACUCCUAGAUGACGCAUUUUCGUUAAUAUCUCCUUCCUCCACCAGUAUUGCCCAAAAUCAACCACCAGAAGAUGAGGGUUUUCAUUCCCCAAGAACUCAGAGUCCAAGAUCAAGAAUGAUGUUAUUGAACCAAAGGAACGUGAACAAAGUAUACCCAGCUGAUAUCGACGCUUUAACCAUAGGGGAAAAACAAGAGGAUUUUGAUUUAUACGGGUCAGAGGUCAUACUUGUUGACUCCAGAGCUCCAACACCUUACUCGGGGCAUGACAUAUUUCUGGCCCGGUCCUCGUCUCCAGUUUCUAGUUCAGAGUCCAUCUCCGUACCGGAAGACACUACUUCUAUUGGAUCAUAUGAUGUUCGAGGUUCAAGUACCAUGAAACAUAGUCCAUUGAAGAUGGAGUCCUAUAAAGGGGAUCCCAUACUACAGACAUGGAGUCCAUAUCGCGCGGCCGACCAGGUAGCUCUGAUAUCUAUGCCAAAUAAGAUGCAAACAAACAUAGGAAGAACCCCAAGUGGUAGAACUAAGCGACCUGCUGCUGAUUUAAUGGGCAAAAAAUCCAAAGACAGCAUCCCCAAGCCUGCAUUCCUUAAAUCUAGAGAUUUAAUAUCUAAUAAAGGAAGUAUGGCAGAACUCUCGUCAACAAAAUCCCAAAACGGUAACCUGGCCAGUAAGGCGAGUAAGGGCAAAUCUCUAUCGUCAGAGGAUUCUGGUGAGCAGGGAGACGAUACAUCUGAUAUUCUUCAAUCGAACGGUCAACUUGAGGAUACAGAAAUCAGUAAAGAAAAUUCCAUGUUGCCUUCCAUACGAGACAGAAAAUUGGCGAAAGCGGCAAAGAAACGUUCCAAAAACGGCGGCGGUGGUGGUGGUGGUGGUGGAAUUGAAAUGAAAACAUUGAACGGAAAAGUAGGACAAAAACACAAAGAGCCGUUCAAAGCAGUGCCAAAUGGUGAGGAUGAAAUGGACAUCAUCACUCGGAGUGUUCAAAGUGCCGUGACGCCGGCCUCCACAGUGAACUCUAUAAGAAACGAAAUCAAGUCGGGACUACCCGAUAAAAAUGUAGUGACUAGUUUUAGUGGACCAGGCCGAAAUAGUCGAGCUUCGGGAUCACUAGUGGAUAUAGCAUAACACAAUUUAAAUAAUAAUUUAUGAUACUGUAUGAAACGUUUCAGAAAACCUGAAAUGAUAUAGGUAUUAGUUUGAGACAUGGAAACUUGAUAUUGAUUGUUAAAAAUGUUACAUAUAUCAAUGUUCCAAUAGGCUAUGACUCGGAUAAUAAUGUUUAUGUGCGACAACUCCAAUUAUUUUGAGUUCAUGUCAAGAACUUAUUUCAAUAGGCAUAGCCAUCUUUGAUUGAGUUGUUUAUGUCGUUGAGGAUAAAGGUUAUAGCCAAAAGGGUAAGUUUAUUUCGGUCAGCCAGGUUAAUAUAUAAACUUGGUGAUCGAAAAUUUUUGUUGUUAUCAAUUACUACAUAUCGUUAAUCAAUUUGCUAUAAUUAACCUGAGGCUGAAAUGCAACCAUUUGGUACGUCAUCGUUAAUAAGUACAUAGUGUAUAAAGCUCAUACAAUGUUACAUAUCAUAUCAUGUAAUGGUCUAGAUGGCUAGAUUUACGUAUAAUAAUUCUGUGAUAAUUUUCUAUUUUGCCAAUGGAGUAAUCAUCGAAAAUAUUCUUUCAUGCACAUUAUUUAUAAGAACGGGUUUGAUUGCCUGUUCUAUUGUCAGCGAAUUUAUGUCCUUUCAAAGGGGAUCAUUUAUCAUAUAUAUGUCGGAUAAUAUUGUCAUCAUCAAGUUCUGUUAUAAGUUUUCAAGUCAUUUAAAAAUAUAUAUCCAUACAAGGUAACACCUACCUAUUACUAUAUGGCUACCAUAUUUAUUGUUGAUAAAGGUAUUUAAAUGAAUUCGACUGAUAUAAUUUUACAAGGGUCUGUUCCGAAGACAGGUUAUCUCAACGCUAGAGUAAGAGUUUGGCUGGCCAGCGUGAGGCUUGGCGAGUGCUUGCAAGCCGAACACUUUCACGCGGGUUUAGAUAUUCCGUACCACGGUACAGACCCCCCAUGUGUGAUAUUAUUUUCUGAUAUAACGUUACUUUGAGAAAAAACUAACCGAUUGAAAGGUGUUGCGAAAUCUUUUCAUCGGGCCACCAUCAACGUCUCAUUAAUUCGGGAGACGGUUACAUUAAAUAAAACGAUGACGUAACGUUAUUGUGAUAAGUGUCAUAAUGCGUGCCAGUUGUCUUUCCGUAUCCCGUGUAAGAUAGAGUUAUAUCAUCCCACGCAACCACGGGAUCACCCUCUGAAGUAUGUAAAAAGAAAACUGCAUACUGAUAUUUUCACGUAACAGUGUUGACAAUCAUUGGUGCUUGUCGGCAUAUGUUUUUGAAAUAAUCAAUAUGACUGUUCCUUUAAAAUGGGAUGCCCUAAUUUUAUUCGUAUUAUAUUUGUAUUUCUAGAAAGCCCGCACUGGAAGAUUACUCGCGGGUAAUAGUUGAUUUCUGGCGAACAAUUUGGUAUCCAAAGUUGCUGACAUUGUUUGCUAUAGUGUUAACUGUGGUAAAUAUUGGAUGUCGAUAAUCUUAAUAUGAAUUAGGUGUAAAUGUAAAAAUAAAGAUAUAUUUAUGACAUUCAUCUAGCAUUUGUGUUCACACCAGAAAAACUAAAACAAAACAAAACAAAACAUAGCCUGCAUGUGUAUACAACUAAGUAACAAAAAUCUUAUUAUCCGUAUGGUGAAUCGUACGAAACCGAAGAUAUCUUAUUAUUCAAAGGUCGCAGGAAAAGGUAUAAUGAGUUGAACCCUUGAAUUUCGAAUGUGUAUGUCCACAUCGAUAUCAUAUGUAGUACAUAUAUAUGACCAUUAGAAAUUGGUGUAUUUAUUGUUUUAGUCAUAAUUAAUCACGAAGGACAAUACAAAUUUAUUGCUCAUGUAUUAUCGUAUUAUUUACAAUUGUUUUGUUUUCAUUAUCCAUGACAUUGUUGUGUUUGUGAACUUGCCAUUUUGUUAUUUAAGAUGACAUCCGUCUCAUGAGAUACAUAUAACUAAAUAACAUUUGUACUUAUGGAUACUAGGUCAAACAACCGAUGUAUAGUUUAUAUAUAUAAUGCUACUGACAUUCCGGGCAAUUGGUGUUUUCAGUACAGAAGCAUCCGGGGUCUUAAUGAUUUCCCCAGAAUAUCACAGUACCAUAAAUACCUGUAAUUAAAAUGUGUAAUUUAUUUUGAUUUUACUUACAUACAUAUCUAGACAUAUUUAUAUUUAUAUGAAGUUUUUAUUGUUUCAUUGACACAAAUGAAAUCCAUAGCUUUUGUAAAUAAGUUCAACAACAACGUGUUAAGUGCUGUUCUGUAUCAGUUUUCUUAGAAGGUGAAGUCAGUACUAUACAUUAUCAAAGUAUACUCGACAACUUUCGUGUAAAAUGUCGAUUAUAAUAGCUCUGAACAAAAGUCACGAACAACAAUAAAUCGUGAUUUCAAUUAUAUUGAAACUUAUAAUCUAAUUUGAUUUCAAAGAUUUCAUGUAAAUGUCUUAAAUCAAUUUGGCGUUCAAUACUUGAACUCCCUAUAGAAUUUGUAGAUGUAUUUCACAAUCAUUUGAUUAAUCUUAUAUAUUGAGAAGCAUUACUUUUUAUAUACAUAUGUAAGAAUACAAUUCCGGUUUACAGUAUUGAAAUGAUUCAUUGUAUUUUAUGUUAAAUAUUGUUGGAAAAAUAUGUUUGCACGACGUAUCGUUGAUUGACGCAGUCACUAAAUGUUUUUUUCUACACAAUGUUGAUAAAUAGUUGACAAUACGGUAAUUUUCCGAUAUACUAAAAACAAUUCAAAUAAAUCACAAUUCAAAUUU